CAUAACCAGGAAGAAAAGUUUUAUUGGAGUCGCAUGACGCUGACGUCAUUUGGAAUGUGCGGACGACAGAUGCAAUUGUCAGAAAUAAUUGACCCGAGAACAAAUCGACAGACCCCAGAGCUGCAGAAAAAUGCUCCGCUUUCUCUGCUGUUGCUGCUUCUCAGGUGAAAACUCCUCCAACGAUGAGAGACAGCCUCUCCUGCACCCCACACCGUCUGACCUGAAUGGAGCUAGCUCAGCCAGGCGGACCCGGUCAGCGCACAGUGAUGCACACAUUGUGAGGCGGAUUGGCAAGCUGGUGAUGAGGCGAGUGUGUGUGCCAGAGUUGGACCAGAGGUUUACUGACAUGGCCGAGACCUUCAACGAACAGCACGAGCGCCAUGAGGCUAUGGUCAGACAUAUCAACAACCUGCGUCAGAUCUAUGGCUGUAACCGCAAUGAUACCUUGACUUUAUCCGAAUGUAUGGGGAGGAUCAGAGAUCAGCAUGAUUCCAGGUACAGGGUCACGCUUAAGUUGAAGGGCUAUGACUUCUCCCUCGAUGUGGUUUCUGUGGAUGAAAGUGAGGAGGAACCGCUGCCUCCGCAUUUGCGAUUGGCUCAGGAUGAAGUGAAGGGAACCUCUGAGAGUGCCAAAGCCACAAUCUCAAAGGGUGCCACGCUUCAAGAGAUGACUGGCUGGCUGCUCCGUUGCAAGGAUCAAAUGGCUGAGCAAGUGAAUGCGGCUGCAGCAUCCUACCAGGAGCAGGGAAGACUGAAUGAGAACCUGGAGGAGAACAUGAAGGAAGUGAGGAGGGCGAAGGAGCUGUCGCUGGGAUACAGACAACAGGCUGGGGAAGUCCUCACUGAGGCUGCAGAGAUAGCAGGGGCUCAUCUGUAGUUUUAGAUACUUAAUUUGAAUCCACCAAUUACAAUACAUGCAUACAGGAUUCGAAUAUUUACAGAGUUUAUGCACACUCUUUGACAAUUAUGCACACCUUGAACGCCAUGCAUGCAUUCAAAUGUACCAAGUAUACUCUCUGCUUAUUGCAGCCUGCCUGUCAUAUCAUGUUUGUUAUAUGAACACAAAGACUUGCAAUUAUGUCUGCCUUUUAAAUGUUUUAUCGAAAUUUUAAGAAGUGUAGCAGAGACUCACUUUAACACUUAAAAUGUAUUGUAUAUGUGAAGAUUUAGUUUCUUCCUGGAUGGGUGUAAUCUUACCAGCUAACAUUAGGGGGCACUGCAGACUCACUUUUCUAUUCUAACAAUUGCUUUUCAUAUCAUAUGCCUUUGGUCUGGUUUUCAGAAAUUGCACUACAUGGAUGAAGAUACCCUGAAUUUCAGAAUCAUGUAUCAAAAAUAAUAAAUGUGUUACUUUCUUCUUUUUAAGAA